AUGAAUAGCAAGGCUCAAUAUAGAGUUCCUUUGGGUUAUUUGGGGUUGGACAAGGAGAGAUUCGCAUCAAAAGAAGAUAUUAAGCCGUGGCUACAAGAGCGUCUCUUGAGAUUGGGUAUAAACGUCGUUAUAGAGAGAUCAGAUACCAGUAAGAUCAUAUUCAAGUGCAAAAAUAAGGAAAAGAAAACCAAGAUUGUGGAAGCAAAGAGCAAAAACUCCAAAAUAUCAAUAAGGCGACAUACAACAUGUCCGUUUAAAAUCAGAGCUAACUAUAGCGUAAGGAACAAGGUAUGGAGCAUUCUGGUGAUAAAUGAUACUCAUGACCACAUAUUGGAGACGCCGCAGCCGCAGCCGCAGCAGCAGCCGCAGUCACAGUCACAGUCACAGUCGCAGUCGCAGUCGCAGUCACAAUCACAAUCACAAUCACAGCCGCCAUUAUCUGAUUACACACAGUUACCACAAACUCGAAAUAUCCCUAUAGAUAAAUCAACAACAACAACAACCACAGCAACAACAACCACAACAGCCAAAAACAAUGUAACAACUUCACCACAUCAACCUUCUUUAGCUAAUAUGAAAACUAAAGUUAAUUUGAGUGUACAUAAUACAAAUAAUAAGUCAAAAACGGAUUCUCCCGAGUGUAUAAACGCGAGCGAUAAUCAAAGCUCAUCUAAUUCCAAUUUCUUGAAUAGAAGCGGCGAAGAGUCAAGAGACAGUCCUCCCACAUCGUCGAACCUGAUUGGCGAGGAAUUAUCUAGUAACACGGAUGAAAAUUUGAAUUCGGCUGUUAAAAACUCUUCUUUUCACAAUAACAAUACUAAUAAGAAUGAUGCUAUUAACAAAAAAAGAAAGAACAAGUUUUCUACACUGAAAACCAAAUUGCUUAGGCAGCAAGAAAUUUCCAAACGAGCCCUGAAAUUGUCCAUUAUUGAAGAUCGCGAGAUUAAUAGUUCUCGUAUAAAGGAAUUGCCAAAUUUCCAAUCGCAUCUGGAUACAUUGAAUGAUAAUCAAAGUGAUAGCAACUAUCCACAAAGUGGCCAACUUCCACCGAUAUCAAAUUCAAAGACAAAGCAUCGGCAAUUAUCCGACAAAAUCAAUCCGCAUCGACGUCAGCAUCAACAUUCGCAUUCGCUUCCGAAUGCACAAGCAUUUUCAACUCAAUUGCCUACCCAGCAACCUAUUGAAGAACAUUUUCAACCAAAGACUUAUUCAACAACAUAUACAGUUCACAAUCUUUACAGUGAGGUACGAGAUAUAGUGAGAAACAUGAUCCUUGACGAGCCGAAAUUCAAUCAAAGCCAAAAGACAGAAAUGUUGGAUUCAUUUGUUUCACAAUUGUUGCUUGACUAUAGGGAUCAUCUCAGUCAUAAAUUUAUGCAUUUUUUGAAAGAAAAUUUGUAUGGCGAGGGCCAAAAAAAUGGAAAUGGAAGUGGAAAUGUAAGUGCGAAUGAAAGUGCAAGUGGAAGUGGAAAUGGAAAUGGAAAUGUGAAUGGAAAUGGGAAUAUAAAUGUAAAUGUAAGUGGCACUGUAGUUGAGCAUGUUGCCCAGCCACCGCCGCAGCCGGCACAAGUUUCUCCACAACAGACACACUCAACUCAGCAUCAGAAAAAGACCACUCUCAAUAAUUGGUUAUUGUCCAAUUUAGGUAACAAUACCAUUAAUAGCGCUUCAGCGUCUAUCCCAUUAUCACCUUUGCUAAACGACUCUACUGGAAAUGAGUGUGCGACGACUGCUAAUACCAAUGCCAACAUGUAUGGUAAUGUAUUGGACAAUUUGAACUCGAACCCGCAACCACCACCUCCACUGCAAAUAAAUGGUGCAAGUGUUGCUGUACCAUUAAAUUACAUUCAAAUGGGAACGCAAAUACAAUCUGACCAGAAUCAUAACAAUCAAUUACCGCCAUUAAAUUCCAUUCACAAUAGGAUGCCCUUGAGCUCGACAAAAAGUGAGACAACUGUACCAGUUGAAUAUCCGUCGAUAAAUAGCAAUACGAGUAUGAUCAAUCCUUUAUUAUCUUCACAGUCAAACGGAACGCGAAAUAGCUACAACUACGGGAACACACUUCUUCCGAAUAACACAUCCAUAUUCCCCAAUAUCAAUAGCAAUAGUAGUAGUAGUAACAACAACAACAACAACAAUAAUAAUAAUAGCACCAGUAAUAAUGGCAGCACUUCAUCAACCUUGAUGCCUCCAUUAUACCCUGUAUCAUCAACUUUGAAUCCAUCACAAAUACUCAAACAUUCAACCUCUACGGCGGCCCCCAAUGUGUUGAACAACAACAAUAACUUUGCUAUGAAUUAUAGUAAUUCAUCAAAGGGAUCUAAUUCAUUCCUAAAUUCUAUUGACAAUCCAUCUUUUUUAUUUGGUCCAACUAAUAAUCCCAUAUCAAGCAUUGUACAUCAUCUCAACAAUAACAAUAAUAAUAUCAAUAAUAAUAUCAAUAUCAAUAACAAUAACAAUAACAAUAACAACAGCAACAACAAUAACAACAAUAAUAGUAAUAAUAAUAACAAUAGCAAUAGCAAUACAUCUGCUGUAUCAGCAGCAGCAGCAGCAUCCUUUUCCUUGCUUCCCUUCCAAACAGAGAAGGAUAAUUCAAGUACGAAUAUUUUGAAUAAUAUUCCUUCCUAUGAUACCAGUUGGUAG